AUGUCCAAAAUCUCCAAAGUGAGGCCACAGCCAGCCGUCAUUCUGGAGAGAACGGCCCCAGCUGAGUCCAGCAGGGAGGAGGGAGGCGAUGGUUCCCUGUCUGAGGCCGAACAGAAACUGAAGCCCCUCAGUGCCGGUCCUGUUACCUCGCCUCUGAUCCCGAAGGAGAGCCCCGGGCGCUGGCAAAGCGAGAGCCUGCUGGCGGAGUCGUGGUCCACGAUGGGUGACGUGGACCCCGAGGACAGCAAGAGCCUAGACAGCAAUGAGGGUGCCGCUCUGGGCGGGGAGGAAAACAACUCCUCCCUCUCCGACAUGGUCCAUCUGGAGCCAGAGGAGGUGGAAAUGCUGGAGGAGGCUGAGCAAGCAGCAGCUGAGGUGAGAGAGGAGGAAGAUGAAGAGGAGGAGGAAGAUGAGCUGCAGACCAGUGUGUUGAGUGUGUUGGGUGGGGAAAAAGAGCUAGCAGAGCUCAGGGAAGAGCUGCGAGGCCUCCAUGCCCCGCAGACUGAGGAGCUCCUUGUGCUAGCAGAGGAGGCUUGUGCUGUGAAGAAGCCUGUAGAGUUCAUGCAUGUCGUUCCCCCGAUGGCCCUGCCACCCCUCCCUAUCGUACGGCUGCAGCCACCCUCCACCACAUCCACGCCGGUCCCUUCUGUCACUUCCCCUGAAGUAGAACCUCCCUAUCCCACACAGGAGCUCCACCCGCCCCCGGUCCUGGCACCGGUGGAAGUCUCGGCACCCUUGGUUGACAGCCAAACUCUCAACCAGUCCAAAUUCUCACAGACGGCUCCAACCUCAGGGGAAGUUACGGCAUCACAGGCAGAAACAGAGAAGACAAACACGUCUAGCAAACCAGCUGGCUCCCCAGAGCUGCCGGCGCUUUUCUGCGGAGGAGCCGCUCUGGUGGCGGUCGUGGGAGUAGUGGCUUACGGUGCUAUAGUCUACUGCAAAAAGUAGAAAACCUCUCGCUCUCUCUGAAGUGGCAUCAUGCUCUCAACCCAGAUUGUUUUAUAACCUCUUUGAUUCCACAUCUCUGAUUUCUGAAUUUUACUGUCUGAUGUUCUUUGUAUAAUUGUUUGUAGUUAUUAGUAGGAACAUUAAAAUCAAUUAUUCAGCUGCUUACUGUGCUACCUUGGCUCGCACCAGAGCUUAAGACCUUUGUUUCCUCCAUGCCCAUCCAUCACACAAGUUAACAAGAGUUAAAAAGUCCUCAAAGUUUGAACUUCUGUUUUAUUUCUUCAUUUUACUGUUUUUUAUCCUUCUCACAUUAUAGAGCGACAUCAUGGACUAGAAGGGCCUCGUCCAAUGGUAAACCCCUCUGGUACACCUAACAACACACUACCAUAGAGAUAUACUAACACUCAGUCGUUAUACAUGGAUCACUGUGGGGACAGUGCAGGAGAUAUACA